CAAUUCCGAUCUCUAACGGUAAAGUAUGGAAAUAAAUAAAUAAAUAAAUAAAAAUAUGAUUCAUAACGUUCUGUCUUUCCACUGUCACUGUGAUUGAUUGGAAAUGCAUUCAGAGAGAGAACAGUCAUGGAGAGUCCUCGUUACUGCCAAAGCCAACAAAUUCAACUUCAGACUCAGAUUCAUCGCCGCAACUCCAACUCACAAACCCACUUCCAACUUCUCCUUCUCCUUCUUCCGCCUCUCCAUUCUCCUCAACCUUCCUAAAUUCGCCUUAUCAAUCAAUUCCCACCCCACGCAACCAACAAGAUUCAUCAAAUUUCUCCACAGAUUUCGCCCUCCAUUGCUCAAGAAGAAGGAACCAAAUGCCCCACAUCGAAAGGACCUAAUUCGUAUCAUUGGCUUUUGGGUUGUGGGGCUUUUAUCAUGUCUGGCUCUAUCUGUCUUCAUGAAUGGUCAAAGGGGAAUCGUGAUGCUUUCUUAUGUGGGAUCUUUGUUGCUUCUGUUCAGGAAAUUGAAGAUGGCAAAGGUUAUGAAUUUAAAUAUGGCUGGUAGGAAUGAUCAUGUGAUUGUUGAUGCUUUUUAAGCGUUAGCACAGGGCUGGAGCUGCUCCUAACUAGUUGGAGUAAUUUUAGCGUAACAACCCACCUACGUUCAAAGGAGGUUAUGAUCCCGAUGCUGCUAAUAUAUGGUUGACAAAGAUCGAGAAGAUCUUCAAUGCUAUGGAGUGCCUUCCUGCUUAGAAGGUGAAUCUGGCCACCUUCAUGUUGAUUGUUGAUGCAUACUUUUGAUGGGAAGGAGCACUACAAUGGAUGAUUGAUGAGGGAGUGCAUUUGAAUUGGGACAACUUCAAAAGGGUCUUCCUUGAGAAGUACUUCCAGGAUGAUGUGAGGAGUCAAAAGGAGGUGGAGUUCCUUGAGCUAAAGCAAGGAAAUGGCACAGUAGCAGAGUAUGCUGCCAAGUUUGACUCAUUAGUUCGUUACUGCUCUCAUUAUCAUGAUGAGGGUGGUGAACGGGCUAAGUGCAUUAAGUUUGUGAAUAGGUUACAUCUCAAAAUGAAAACAGCGAUCAACUAUCAAGAGAUCUACCAUUUUCCAACCUUAGUGAACAAGUGCCACAUCUUUGACCGUGACAACCGUGCACGUGCUGCUUUCUACAAGGGAGCUAGAGGUCCUAUACAUGCUGCAAGUUCUGGUACUCCGAGUAGGAGUAAGCCUUACUUCGCUCCUGCUAGGUUCUAAGGGAGUCGAGUUAUUGCUAGUGGGAGCAAAUCACAUGCUGGUGGAAGUAAAUCCUCUAUCUAUUUUUUAAGCUCAGCUAACUCCUUAAGAGACAUCCUAUAGGGUGCUAUAGGUAUAGGUGAGGUACCUGGCACUAAGUCUAUGCUAAACUCAGUCUCUCUCUUAGGCGGUAAACUAGACACAUCCUUAGGGAAUACUUCUGAGAAUUCUCUCACUAAGGGAAUCUCAUCUAGCUUACUAUCAGUCUCAAGUAUUAAGGAAGCUAAGAUCAUGUACACUCUUUUAUUUUCUUUUAAACAAGUUUUAAUAUUGGCAGCAUUAAGAAAUUCUGUCUUCUUACAUUCACCAAAAGAAAUAGAUUUAUCAAAGCAGCUUAAGAGGACAUGAUUGGACGAUAACCAGUCCAUACCAAGGAUAACAUCUAAUUGACUAAGAGGUAAACAAAUCAAGUCAACUAGAAACUGCUUAUCAAAAAUAACCAAAGGACACUUCAAACAGACUUAGGAUAA